GACGCGACGGGCGGAGACGGCAAGAGGCGCGUUCGGGCGGGCGGAUCAACGUUGGAGCACCGGUACAAUGGCGUUUGGUAUGAUGAAGGAUAUGCGAGCCAUGGCUCGGGACCCCAUGUCGGUCCUUACCCCGACGACGCGGGAAGGCUACCUUGUCAAACUUGGCUUCAACAGCGGCAAAUGGCAGCAGCGCUACUUUGUUCUUCGUGGUGAUCAGCUUGUCUACUAUUCCAAGCCUCAAGGCACGGAGAAGGGGCGUAUUGUGCUGAACCAAAGCGCUACGGUCGCACCUGUGCAGUCGGGUGCAUCCCUGAAAUCCACCGCCAUGGCCCCGGGCGUCGCCCUCAAGCAACCCAUUGGGGAGCAUGGUAUUGAGAUUGUAGCACCUUUCAGGACGGGCCCGCGAGCAUAUUACAUGUUUACCACCACGCAAGCCGACCGUGAUGGCUGGGUUAACGCCAUUGCUCCUCUCUGCUCUGGCACCGCUCCUGCCGGUGGCAACCCCAUGGGCAACCUCGCUGGCAUGAUGGCUAGUCUGCCUUCAGCAGGCGGUGCCGGUGCCGGUGCCGGUGCCGGAGCUGGUGGCUUUGGUGCUUUGGGCGCUCUCGCUGGCAUGGGUGGUGCUGCGCCGGCUGCCGCCGCCCCAGCAACAGCCGCUGCAAGUGCCCCCGUUGCUGUGACCGCCGGGUCGUCGAGCGGCUACCAAGGCGGUGCCCCGCUCAAGCCCCCAGGCUCGGCGAUUGGCAAGACGUUGCCGGCCAUCCCACAAGGCAACAAUUUUACAGCCGGCGCCGGCGCACCCAAGGCCAGCAUGGGUGACAUGCUCGGCAUGGCCUUUAAAAUGCAGGCGGCCAUGAAGAGUCAUCAAAACGACCCACAUCUCAGCAAGGAAGAUAAUGCCGUAGGCUUAGCCACCAAGAUUCAAGGUGCUUCAGGCGUUACCGACUACAAGAAUGCCAUGAUUGCCUUUCUCAAGGAACUCGAGGCCAAUCAUCUUCCUCCCGGUGCUGCCGGCUUUGUCGUUACUGAAAAUCCUGGCCCGGGAUCUUUGGCCCAAGCUGCUAACUUGCAGCCGUAUGACUUGAUCUUUGAGUACGAGGGUCAACGCAUCACAGAGGCCACCACACCUCAAGAAUUUGGAGCUGCGCGUCAACAACAUUUUGCCUCAACGGGCAAGUUCACUAUUGGCGUCUACAAUUUCCAGGCACAGCCCGGCAUGUACACCAGCACCGGCCAGUAUGCCCGAAUCGAUGACCCCAACCCCCCUGCCGGCACCAACUACGUCGUCAAGGCUCAUUUUCAAGUCGGCAUCGGCAUGAUGAGCCAGAAUGAAUACUUUCCCCUCUAUGAUUACCAAGGGCCAGCUCUUCACAAUGGCCGACAGGUGUUUGUUGAAGCCUACACCCAACCCCAACCGGGCAUGUUCGUGUCCUCACCGGAAAAGUACACUCCUCUGCCCGCACGAUAAGUAAAGUGUAAAGCGACCUUCUUUCCUUGUUUUUUUUUUUUUUUGUUUGUUUUUUGUUUUUUUCUCUCCAUUUUCUGUCCUGUAAAGGUUGGCGCUCGGUGCCCGCUGAAUGUGUUGUUCCCAUCCAUUUGUUUUCACAUGUGUGUGUUAACCGUGCUUCAAAAGCAGCAGCAUUGACCCCUUGAUGCUGUGAAUGAACCUGCUUCUUCUCCAAGCUGUUUCUAAAUCUAUGACAAGCCUUGA